AUGUUUGUUUUCCCUGCGUUUGAUACCAACUAUAUGACAAGAAAACGAGCUUUUCACUGCUGUCAAAACUGCCGUUUGAAACGAGUCAAAUGCGAGAGUGUGACAGAUGGGUCUCGCAGACUUUCAUGUGUGAACUGUCAAAACCACGGCUGGGUUUGUGACCUCGAAGAAAAAGAGGAGACUACUUCCAAACGGCAGACUCCAGAACCUAUUUCCAAGCAAAAAAAUAAAUCUCAACCUUCAGUUAUGACACUGCUGGUACCCGAAAUACCAGAACAGACUUCUCUUGUUACGUCCAGCUCCAAAAUUGUGACUCCGAUACUUGACGAUGACGCUGAAUUAACACCCGAAUAUCUCAAAAGAAAAUUUAACUUUAAUCUCUCUCGAGAUGACAGUGUUUCAAAGUAUACAUUCAUGUAUCAUAACCACCCGGAAGCCAUUUUAUCGGGUGAUUCUAAUGAAACUAAAGCAUGGCGCCAAUCAGGUGUUUUUAUAAGAAAACCAGAGAAGACACUGACUAAAAUCAUGGCUAUGCGAAGGUAUAAAGACCGUAACAGGCACCUAUUAAAUUAUCUCACUUCUAUCAAUGGGUUUACGCUUCGAAAUCCGUACUUUCCUAUUGAACCCCAUGAAGAAAAACGUCUACUUCAGCUAUUUUUUUUCAAGAUCAACUCCAUUUUCCCGUACGUUAUAGAAAAGAUGUUCUGGGACGAAUAUCGACAAGGAAAUGUGCAGACGGUAUACAUCUUUGCGAUGGUUCUUUUGAUACUGCGAGACAACAUGGCCAAACCCAUAUUAAGAGAGAUCUUCAUGCGAGCUGAGAAGAUCUCCGACAUGAGCGAUGAAUCGUAUAACGAAGCACAUUUGGAAUUUAUUAUUGAUUUGGACCUUAAAAUCAGACAGCUUCUCGUUGUGCUCCCUACAAUUGGAGAUUAUAAUAGACUUACUCGUCUCGUUGUAUUAUUGAUGCUUACCAUGCAGCUAGGAACAGACAAAGUCAGUGGUGAGCAAACGUCUCAAGAUUUGGUUUCCGCUUUAUCUUUAUCCCAUUCUUUGGGAAUUCACAUGAAGCGCCAAAAUAACGACUUACCUCCAGAAUUGGUUGAAUACUCUACAAAUCUCUGGUGGAUUUGCUUUAUUCUUGACCGUAUCAAUGCUGCCGUCAAUUCUCGUGCUGUUUUCAUUCAAGAAUUAGACUUUAAUGUUGACCCUCCGUAUAAGAAUAUUGCACUCUUGAAAUUGGUUCAGGCUGCAAAAAACUUUGAGCUCAUGAACUUUGCCGUGUACCGGCCGUACCAAGAUACUGUAUCGGUAAACAGUGACGAAUUUCGCUACCGGUCUCGUUUAUUCAACGUUCAAGAGUUUCAAGAACAGGAGCUUGAUUUGUGUCGCAAGGAACGCUCAAAUGUAGAGGCUGGAAUCCAAGAAAGACUCUACCGGUUUCCUGUGGGAAAGUACAAGUUUGAGGACUUGAGUCCAGGUCUCUAUGUGGAAGAUACAGUUUACUACAUGCUUAGAAUGUGGAACAAUGCCGUGUUAAUGAUAGCCUUGAAAGCAAAGCUUGAUGACCCAUCAGAAACCAGAGAUGGACUCGCCGGCUCUGCAAGUGAAGCUGCGUACAAUAUCUUUUGGUACCACUCCAAAAUCAAGCCUGAUUUCAUUGUCAACAUUCCUAUGAUUCCGUUCUGUUUGUUUCUUGCUUUGGGAGUCUGUUUGAAGCGAGAAGCUUCAAGAAUCAUUUCUUAUGGGUCUGCGUACGACGAAGCUAACACUGGCUUUGACAUGUCGGCAAACGACGUUAUUCAGGCUCUCGAAGCAUAUGCUUCUACCAGUUGGGUCGUGGAUGAAAUGUGCAAAUUAUCCCGUGAAUUUCUUAGAGACCUCAACUAUCGGGUAGGACAUAGGAAAGACGACGAUAGUACACAUUCCUCCAAACGUCCAAGGUUGGCUGGCACGCCAGGCGAGUUCAAAUCUUCCCUCAGAAUCAAUGGAACUCCGUCCAAUGAGCGUAUGAAUAAAACUUCACCAAUGACUCAGCGUUCACUCUUGGAGUCUCCUGCUGGUGUGGAUAACCCUUCUCUGUUCAAUGUGGGCUCUGCCUUGAGUGACGAACAACAGGGAAAAGUUUUUGAGAGAGACUUGCCCAAUUUCUGGGAUUAUUACGACAACUACAUGGAUUUGGUUCUGCAAGACGUUUUAGAUAACGAGUAUUUCAAGGACAUUUCCAACAUUAUGACACCAAAAGAUUUGGCCAAGAAUGGCGACGCUUAA